AACGUCUUUAAGCACGUACAGCUUCCGGAAAGUGUCACGCUGUCCUCCAUCGGCGAUUAUUACCGUCCACAGAGGGUCACUUCUGGAAAACUAAACUAAAAUCAUGGUUUUAGAAGACAAAAUGAUCUUGAACGGAGAGCCAGAUGAGGAGGAGGAGGAAGAAGAAGAAGAGGAGGAGGACAUGGUGGACCCUCUAGAGGUCGUGAGGGAGAAGUGCACGCAGUCGGAGCAUUGUGUUCACGCACGCGAGCGGCUGGAGGCGUGCGAAUCCCGGGUCGGCUCGCGCUCGGCGACCUCAGAAGACUGUACAGAGGAGCUCUUCGACUUCCUGCACGCUCGGGACCACUGUGUGGCCCACAAGGUGUUCCAGUCAGUCAAAUAAAUGGAGCUGUUUAUAGAUGGUUGCCUGCUUAUAGAAAUACUGCUCGGUUAUUUAUAUAUUGUGAUUAUUGACCCAGAUUCAACAAUUCCCUGUAACUGAUUCCAUAUUGCCGAGUUGUGACUGAACUGUUAUCUGUUUUCUUCUCUCAUAUGAAAUAAUGUGUCCUCUGUUGUUGAGAUCAGUAAAGAGAUGAUGCUAACACAGAAUUUGGGUUUGUUGCUAAUGUCAAAUAACAGAAAACAAUAAAGAAAUUAAGACAA